CAUAUGGAGUAGUCAAUGAGCGAGAUGAGGAACACGUACGAUGUGGAGGAGGAACAUGGAGGUGAGCAAGCACGACAACGGAAAUGCAAGUGUGCGUCUUCCGCAGCUGAGUUCGACCGACAAAAUUUCACACCAAAGCGAAAGAGGUUUGAAGCGUCAGUGCCGUACUUGAAGGAAAGCAUGAGUCAAGGCUCAGAAACACUGCCUGCAGCCGGUAUGAUGCGGUUGUUGUUGAUGUGGUAUUUGAUCAGCGUCGCAACGUAUCAAGGAGCGAUGAGUUUCGGUCCGAAGUAUAACCAUCGUCGUCACCUUCCCGUCGUGUGCCACGUCAACAAGUACUCCUACGCGCACACAGCGCCCUACGACUACCAGACGACGGAUAUCCCCACGCAUCUCUGUAGUCACGUCAACUACGCCUUCGCUGAUAUCGAAGAGAACACCUGGAAAGUGAAAGACGUGCCAGGGAACUUCAGGAACUUCACUGCUCUGAAAAGUGAAUCGCCACGUCUGAAAGUCAUGCUGUCGAUCGGAGGAUGGAGCGACCAAUCAAAUCUCAUCUCGAAAAUGGCAUCGAGUCGCAAAAAUCGACGAAAGUUUCUGCACGAUAUUUUCGCCACCCUGAAAACAUACGACUUCGACGGACUCGACAUAUUCUGGCUCUUCCCAGGGUUUCAAGAAAGAGGAGGCGUGCCAGAAGAUAAGGGUAACUUCGUCCGUCUCGUAAAGGAAUUCAGAGAAGCUAUGGUCCUCAAGAAUGCAACCCAUUUGGAGCUUACCGCAGCUGUGCCUCUAAGUCCCUUCGUUCUUGACAAUGGCUACGACAUAUUUCAACUGAAUAGGUAUCUUGACUGGAUGUACGUUAUUGCAUAUGAACUAAGAGGAAAAUGGCUAAGUGAAACAGAUGUGCACAGUCCCAUUGUGACCAGGAGCAUUGAUCCUCCCGACCUACGACAACUGAACGUUAGAGACGGUAUGAGGGACCUCUUCGAGCGUGGUGCCUUCAAAAGAAAAGUCCUGAUGGGAAUAGCAUUCUACGGGCGCUCCUACAAAUUGCGGAGCGCCUACAAUACGGGCCUGCAUGCGCCUAUCGAUGUCAAUGGUAAUCCCCGUCCGGGACCCAUUUUAAACAGUUCUGAAAUCUACUCGUACACAGAGAUAUGCAGGUUUCUACAAAACGACAGCUGGACGAGGAGAUUCGACUACGAAGGAGAGUGUCCCUAUGCUUUCUCUGGGGAUGAAUGGACUGGCUACGAUGACGAGGAGAGCAUACGAUACAAGAUGAAUCUCAUGCGAGAUGAAGGCUAUGCUGGAGUGAUGGUGAUGUCCAGUGACAUGGAUGACUUUCGGGGCGCUUGUGGGAAGACAAAUAUCCUCCUUCAUGCCAUUAACGACGAAUUGCCACUCGAAAGAGACGUAAUAUAUCCACUGGAAUCUCUACAAGAAGAUGGUGACGAACAAUAAAUUAAUGUGAAAAGAA